AUGCAAAAUAAUUAAAUACGCUAAUUGGUAUUGAUUCAAGAAUAAAAACUAUUUGAAGAAGAAAAAUUAAAUUUAAUUGAAAAAUAACUUUAAAGAUAAAGGAUUAUGCGCAAAGAGAAAUUUUAUAUUGUUAAUUUAAUGAUAUCACUAAAUUUGAGAUUUUUGGUCAUUUAUGAAAAAUCGAAGGUCUCAUCAAAAUGUUAAGUUUAUAAGAGACAAUAAUUAAGAAUAUUUGACAUUUAAUAAAAUAGAACUUUAACUAUAUUAAAAGAUGUAGCUAUGAAAAAUGUAAAAUUUACAUAGGAUUCAAAAUAUUUAAUCAUUUUCACUUUACUGGGAUAAGUAAAGAUCGUUGAAUUUGAAACCCAAAAGUCUUAUGAUACAAAAUUUACAACUAAUUUUCUAGCCUCAAUUGAUUAAAAUAAUAAUAUUUUCAUAAUUGAUCAGGAGUGGAAAAUAAUUAAGUAUUCAAUACCAGAGAAGACCUAUACUACGUGUUGUUGUUUUCAAUCAGUCUCAAAUUGUAUUAACUUGUUUAAAGAAUAUUAUUUAAUAACCGUUCAAUAAUAUUAUUACAUUUUAUUUUUAAGCAAACAAAAAUUAGCUAAAUAGAACAAAUAGUCUCUUAAAAUAAGCGAGAACGAUUUCAUAACUAUUUUCUUAAGCUUUCUUUGUGUUAGGAUGGUUGAAAAUAAUAGAAUAGAAUUCACUGUAGAAAAUUUAUUUAGUGGAAAAACCAUUCGUCGUAUAAAAAAUAAAGAAGGAACUUCAGGUAAUAUAUUCGAAAACAAAGAUUCAACCUAUUUUUUUGGGUUUUCAAGGAUUUAUGAAGAGAAAAUUCAGUUUUUCAUUUUUGAUUUAAUUAGGGGUAUUAAGUUUGAAUUGAUUUAUGAUAAAAAUAUUCCAUUUUAGGAUUUGUAUGAAGUAUUUAAAAUGAAAGAUUCUCUAAUCGUGGGCGUAAAUAGAUAUGAAGGGAUUUUAAGAUAUUUUUAAUUAUCUAAAUGA